CAACCACCACCACCAGCCCAACGACAACCACCACCACCAGUCCAACGACAACCACCUCCACCACCUCCUCGUGGAGUGUUUAUUCGAGGUCCACAACCAUUGCCGGGAUUCCCAAGACAUCGUCGAGAGAUAACAAUCUAUGCGUGA